AUGGAAGGAAGAGAAGGAUUAAGUUCAGGGGUAACAGUGAUAGGAGCAGAAGCUCCAUCAAACUAUCAUGUGGCGCCAAGGACUGAAAAUCCUGGCCAGAUUGUAGUGUCACCACCAGCCGUAGAGGUGCCACCAGUUGGUGCAGGAUUGACUGGAGGAACUGCAGAAAAGAAGAAAAGAGGGAGGCCUAGGAAAUAUGGACCGGAUGGGGCGGUCGCGAGGGCAUUAUCACCGAUGCCAAUUUCUGCUUCGGCCCCGCCACAUGGUGGAGACUAUUCUGCUGGAAAGCCGGGGAAAGUGUGGCCUGGUAGUUAUGAGAAAAAGAAGUACAAGAAAAUGGGAAUGGAGAAUUUAGGUGAAUGGGCUGCUAAUUCUGUUGGCACCAAUUUUACGCCCCAUGUCAUCACUGUUAAUGCUGGCGAGGAUGUUACCAUGAAGGUGAUAUCAUUUUCACAACAAGGGCCACGUGCUAUUUGCAUCCUAUCUGCUAAUGGAGUAAUUUCAAAUGUCACCCUUCGUCAACCUGAUUCUUCUGGGGGUACUUUGACAUACGAGGAUUUAUUUGAUUUUGAGAAUUUGGUAACUUUGAUCGGACCAGCGCUUGUUUCAAAUAAUUGGAAGGUGUUCUUAUUUUUGUUGGAAACUUAUAAACUCAGGCCUCAAAAGCCAUUCCUCUGGGUAACCUUUAACAUCAAUGCAUUUGCGUGGCAGUCUCUUACUACUGCACUGGAGAAUGGACUAGGUCGCUUUGAAAUACUUUCGUUGUCUGGAUCAUUUAUGCCUACCGAGAUACAAGGAACAAGGAGCAGAUCAGGUGGGAUGAGUGUCUCUUUGGCAAGCCCUGAUGGUCGUGUUGUGGGGGGAAGUGUUGCUGGACUUCUAGUGGCUGCUAGUCCUGUGCAGGUUGUUGUAGGCAGUUUCCUGCCAGGAAAUCAUCAGGACCAGAAACCUAAGAAGCCGAAGAUUGACUCAACACCAGCAACUACUUUUGCACCGGCCCCAGCCAUACCUGCUCCUAUUGCAGAGAGAGAAGAAAGUGUGGGUACACCGCAUGGGCAGCAAAAUUCUUCCUUUCAAAGAGAAAAUUGGGCCACCAUGCACUCCAUGCAGGAUGUGAGAAACGCAGGAACUGAUAUCAACAUAUCAUUGCCAGAAGUAGAAGAGAAGGCUGGGCAAUUUCAGGACUUCAGACCUAAGUCAUCUGUAGAAGAGUACUCGUUUUCGUCUCUCCCUCCUCCUUCAGUGUAUGAAAUGGACAAAACAAUACAAGAAGUCGAAGUUUGUGAUAGCACUAGCCCUGAUUAUGAGGAUGAUGAUCAGAGCUAUAGUACUUCUAAUGGUUAUGACGAUAGCUAUCGUGGUUCUGAUGGAUAUGAUGAAGAUAAUGACGAUGAUGUUAAUGAUACAGAAGGUGAAGAUAGUGAAGAUGAGGAAUAUGAUAAUGAAUUGGAGAAGAAAAUAGAGGAAUUUAUUGCAAAGGUUCAUCAGGAAAGAAGGGAGGAGUUUCAAAGGGACAGGUUUCUUUGUAAAACUGCUGGUUAA